AAAAUCCCAGAAGUCCAAGCGGGUCGUUACCAACGCAACAAUGGCGGCUCCCUCUGUUAGUGUGCAGGGUGUUAUAGAACCAUUAAACAGCUGUUUAACUAAACUAGGCUUUGAGGUUUACCCUCUAAAGGUUGGCUGGUAUAACUCUGUGCUGUCUCCUUCCUUCCACCUCCCUUACCAUGAUGAGACCCUGGCUGUGGUGGUGCUCAGCACUCCUGCCAUGUUUGAUCAGGCCUUCCUGCCCUUCCUGGAGCAGAGGGGCGUUCAAAGGCCCAGUGACCCCAUAGACCAAUGUGUGCAGCACUGUGUCUCCACUGCUGUUCAACGAGUAAGAGAAGAAACUUCUCCAGAGCUGAAGGUGGAUGUGAGGUACGACUACGAGCUGCUGCCCAGCAGGAAGCCAAAGUUCUUAGCGCAGACUGCUGCACACGUAUCUGGAGCUGCGUUCUACUACCAACAGUCUGUCGUCACAGACCAGCCCUGGGCUGGAAAACAGAAGAUGUUUGGAGUGUGCAUCCAUCCGAGGUUGGGGGGCUGGUUCGCUAUAAGAGCCCUGCUGGUGUUUGAAGGAGUGACGGUUGGGUCUGAGCUGGUGCAGCCCGCUCCUCCAGACUGCGUUCCUUCCAGAGAGGACAGGAUCAAGCUGCUGGAGGCGUUCAACUUCCACUGGCAGGACUGGAGCUACAGAGACAUCAUCCCCUCUGAGCAGAUCUACUCAGAGAGACAGAAGGAGUACUUCUCCACCCCCCCUGCCCAGCGUCUCACCCUGCUCACCACUUGGGGCUUCUUCCCAAAAGACGAUGCUCAACCUAAUCUCAGCCCGCACACACAGAGCCAGGCGAACGGACAUGGCUGACACCCUGGACUCAUUCUGGUCCCUUAACCUCGGCCGCUUGAUCACAUCCGACAUGUUUUCAGUUUUCAGUUUUAGGCCGGUGUUUGUUUUUAGCUGCUGAUACUCCGUUAAAAGUCAUUUUAAGCCAAAGCGAAGAUAUUUUUCUAAUCAAGUGAAACAGUAUGCUCAGGUACUAGGAAACAUUGUCAGUUUAGGGCCCCCUGCUGGCCAGGGGCCCCACAUAGAAAAUAUAAAUUCAGCUGACAAUUGCAUCUGAUUUAUGCAGGCAAAGAAUAAGAGCCGAUAGAUAAACGGCCAUCAAACCAUGCACUAUGUAAACUGUUGUGAGUAAAAAUCUUUAUUCUGCAGUUUCCUCUGAAACAACAAUAAGCUCGACUUCUUCACUA